GCUGAUCGCUUCGUUUACGUGGGUGAAUCAGCUGUGCGCGGCCAUAGACGAGUUUCAUUUCCAAGCCCGAGGAGUUGGACGACGCAUGUUGUCGCAUUGUCGAGAAGAUACAACUUUCUUUUCUCGCAGAGACUAGGAAUUGCAUCUGGGAAUCCACAUAUCAGCGUGACACACUGUAACUCUCCAUAUUCGGUUAGAAUAUCUAUUUUUGAAGGGAUUAGAAGAGGAAGGAGAUCAUGGACGAGUUGUCGGGCGGGAAUCUUGAGAUACCGCCUGCCAAAUAUGAGUAUCUGGAUCACACUGCUGACGUGCAAUUGCACGCAUGGGGCGACACCAUGGAGGAGGCAUUCGAGCAGUGUGCGAUGGCCAUGUUCGGCUACAUGACGGACCUCGAGCGUGUGCAGGCCACGCAGGUGCACUACAUCGAGGCCGACGGAGACGAUCUGGAGAGUCUACUUUUUCACUUCCUUGACGAAUUGCUCUUCAUGUUCAGCGCCGAGCCCAACAUAGUCGCCAAGAAGGUCAAGAUCACCGAAUUCGACCGGCAAGGGUUUAAGAUCAAGGCAACCGCGUACGGCGAGGAGUUCACGAUCGGCAAGCACACGCAGGGCGCGGAGGUGAAGGCCAUCACGUACUCGGCGAUGCAGAUCCUCGAGGUGGAUCAGCCCGAGGUCUUCGUGAUAGUCGAUAUAUGAUAUAAUCCCCCAUACACCGAUCGCACCGUCCGCGUAGCCCUCAAGAAUAUUUUGCUGCAUAACUUUCUGGUAACUUUCUCUCCCGAGAAAGAACGGUGGGGGAAAAAAAAACAGCAGGGAAGAAAGGGGAUGACUCGGCUCGAACAGAGGGAAGGAAAAAGUAGGGGGAGGGGCGGUCGAAGGGCAAGAAGGGAAACCGUAUGCCUCCCCUACGUAGGAUGCGGAUCCUUUUGUACUUGCCUUGUAGGGUUCAAAUAAAUACGUUACGAAGAAUGCACCGGGCCUCCCUUCUUCUUGGCUCGACUUGACUCAGGCGUGUAUCAAGAUCACUCGGACACCCCCGGGAAGGUGCAAUGAAAAUGGAAAGGACCUACUUAGACGGUCGUUUGUAGUGAGAAACGCGUGCGACAGUUUUUUUCGUUACACAUAUUUUCUAUUUGCUAUUUAGCACUGUUAGAUUACGAUCAAAUGUAGUCACUGAGAGAAAAAUGUUUGAUAUUUAACCUAUAAUUGCAUAGUAAAGUAAUUUAUGAUUAGGCGCUACAUUUUUAUAAUUAUUACUGUUUCAAUGUUGGCAAUAAUAACUUUAGAUUUAUUAUUCUAUCAACUGUGAAAAAGUUUUACAAUAAAAAUGAUGAUAAUUUUAAAUAUUAAUAUAGUAAAGAAACAAGUACGCUGGAAAAGAUUUUUACAUAGUAAAUACAAUCACAACUAAAGUGAAUGUUACUAUUUUUAAAAUAUUUGUUUACUAUUUACAUAAUAAUAAUAAUUGUAAUAGCUAUAAUUUACAUGGUUAAAAUAAAUAUGUGAUAUAUAGGUGAUUUUGAAAACGACUAUAAAAUGUAGUUAAAUUAUGGUAAUUACAAUCAUUUUUUCUCUUAGUGCAGCAGGGCCUUUUUAUUUUAAAACAGCUGUUCUUCUUAAACUAUUGUUCUCCUUUAACGUUUGUUCCGUUACAUAUUUCUCUCGCACUAAUCGUGCAAAAAUAUAGAAAAAAAUAUAGAAAACAUCAUAUGUAAAUUGAUUGCGCGCGCAACAUUCCACGCACAUCAUUAAAAUAAAGUUUAUUUAAAUCAGUCGAUUUUUAUGUGUUUUGUAUAUGCUAACAUUUGCAUUGUAUCUCUCUGAUUAAUAUUUAUCGCAAUGUGCACAAAGUUACAAAAAACAAAUUCAAAUUUCAAACGCUAGACCGUAGAUUUUGUUAAAUUUGAUAGAAAGGUAUAUCAGCACCGUGUUAAUUUCAAUUAUGCAAAAUUUAUAUCUAAAAUUUUUAUGUAGAACUGUAAAAAAAGACUUAAUAGAAUUGUGUUCUAUUACAUCUGAAUUAUUCAGCAUACGUUUGUUUGUAUUGUUGUAUUUUCGUGGUACGAAAUAAAUAAAUAAAAAUAGGAUCGAGGCAGCCUCAUCCCUUGAGAAGAUAA